UUUAUGAUUAUUAAUGGUAAAAGUAAUAAAAGCAAUAAGUAUAGUGUUUUUUAAAAAUAGUGUCCCAAAAGCAGUUCAGCUUUAUACAAGACCAAAACAUGUGCAUCAGUGGCUGAGGGGGAAUAACAGCGAUUACAAGCAGGAUGUAUAUGCUGAAAGUGCUUUGAGAGCUUUAGGUUUGUCCAGUGUACACAAUGUACAGUUCAACACUGCAGGAGUCCAUGUCUUGCACAGUGAAUACGGCAUAAGACUGAUUCCCAAAAUUUGAGGGUGUCCUCCAUAAUGCGUCUUUUAAAUUUUGACGAGUGAAUAUUUACAAACAUAUUUUCAAUUUGUAGGAUGAGAGAGUUUUAUCUGUGAACUGGAUUCACAUUUAUAAGUAAACUAUACAAAUAUAACAGUGAACAGCUGAUGACUCAAAUUCACAAUGAGUCCAAAAUGAUGGCUUGUGUAUUAAAGCAUGUGAAUGAUUCAUUUUUCCUUUCAGGUUCUCUUUUUAAUGUUUUUAAAAUAAAAUAAAAUUAAGGUCCUAAUAAACAAUGUAAUGUAUAUGUUGUGUUUGUGAAGGCCUUUGUGAGAUUACACUGUUUUGUAUACAAUUUGAAAUUCAAAUGUAUAUUUGAAUUUAAGGAAACUGUGCAUACGAGAUAUUUCCCCAUUAGGAUGAUUACAGUAAAGACCACAGCACGCAAAUGUUUGGUUUGUUAGGCGGUCAACUGUUUCAGGUGAAGACCACUGCUUUCAGCUCAUAUCAGGAAACUCAUCUUCUGGACUGAUUAGUGGAUGAACAGAAACACAUCAGACUGUCAUAAUUGACAAUGGCCUGCAUAAUUCUGUUUAAAGGAUUUAUAAAAGCUCUGAGUACCAUCUCUGUUAUAAUGCAAGUUUCCACACUUAUCUUGGCCUUUAUAAUGGUUACACCAGUGAUGACCACAGCUGCUAAUCUGACUGACCCCUGCAACAACUACACUGUGCUGAAUGACGCAUGGAGAUCCGUCAAUAAUACAUAUAACACCUACUGUGACCAGUCAGUCUCCUGGAGCGGCUGGUAUCGGCUCUUCAUUAACGGUCUGAGUGCUCAUAUCCCAGACACAUGUGUUGCAAUGUCUAGAUGUGGCACUUCUUUCCCACUGUGGAUUCGUGGUGGACACCCAACAGUACAGGAUGGAGUCGUCACUCGAGAUGUCUGCGCUAACGCUUACACUUACUGCUGCUUUUACGGCUCUUAUCCAAUUCGAGUCAAAGCCUGUCCAGGAAAUUAUUAUGUCUAUGAGCUGCUUAAACCAACUAUCUGUAAUUUAGCCUACUGUGCAGAUGUUGGCAGUGUUAUCAUCAGCUCUACAGCCGCCACACCAGUGGUCGUCACACCUGAUCCCUGUUACACCUACACUGUGCUGGACGAUCCAUGGAGAGCCAACAGCAGUCAGAAAUCAGGCAUCUACAAGCGUGACAUUUUUGUCUACUGGAGCGGCUGGUAUCGGCUCUUCAUUAACGGUCUGAGCGCUCAUAUCCCAGACACAUGUGUUGCAGUCUAUAGCUGUGGCACUCUUAUCCCACUGUGGAUUCGUGGUGGACACCCAACAGUAAAGGAUGGAGUCGUCACUCGAGAUGUCUGCGGUAAUGAUGGCAGCGGUUACUGCUGCUAUUUUGGCUCUUUUUCUAUUCGAGUGAAGGCCUGUCCAGGAAAUUAUUAUGUCUAUGAGCUGCGCAGUCCAUCUUUGGAAUCUUCAGUCUACUGUGCAGUUGUUUCCAACAUCACCAGCAUCAAUACAACAGUCACACCACAGACGAGCUCAGCUGAAAGCAGCUCAUCUUGGGUCUUGAUCACAGCAGGAAUCAUUGCAGUUGCUUUUCUGAUGUUUGUAAUUGUGAUGGUUUUCAUGGUGAUUAGAAGAUGA